AUGCCGCCCUUAGACUCGUCUGCCAGCAGGUGCUAUUGGGUGGAAAUGCCCAACGAAGACGACGAGAACCCUGCAAACCGGCUAGACGUGCGCUCAGGGGCGUCGACAGAUAUCUAUCGCUCCAGAAUACUAGUUUACAGUGGGUCGUUGCUGCCCUUGACAUUGAAGGCAGGCUUCUCGCUGAAGGACGUGGAGUCGGAGUUCGAGGCGGCCGUGGCGCGCGAAACAGACCCGCACAGCGACUACAACGAGUAUCUCUCGCCCGAAGUUUUCUCGCUCAAUCUGCUAAACCGCAAGUGGAUCCAUUUGCAUGCCAAAAAUAAACUUGAAAGACCCAGACCCAGGAUGUUCCAUUCUAUGAUUGUGCACGAUAACUACCUGUACGUAUACGGCGGACUAUGUUUUGACCAGCACAACAAGCUCAAGACGCUCAAUGACGUGUGGCGAUUUGACCGGUUCGACAAAUCGUGGAAAUGUCUUCUUCCAGACGGCAACACCGUGGUUCUGAAGCGGUUUGAUCACAUGUCGAUGUUCCUUCCCGAACUGCACGUUGUGGGGAAGCCGACACACCACGGGAUGAACUUUUUUGGCGGAAUAUCCGACGAGAAAGAGGAGCUUCUCGUGUCGCACAUAUACGACCUCGUUUCCGAGCAAUGGUUUCCGAAUCUGGUGUUCAGGGUACAGGACGACGAGGGCAGUGGGAAAAUUAAAUAUAACGCCCUGGAUGGGCUGGAGGUGGAGGUGCCUGGUCUACGGACCUUUGGGUUGCGAAGCUCUUUGAAUUCUGCGAUUCCGGCUCAGGCACUCGAUUCGACGCAGCAGGUGCCGCCAAUAUAUCUGUACCACAAACAGCCGGACCAGAAACAUGAGCCGUUCAUCACGUUCCCGAUCGGCGAAGGCGUGGCCGGGACGGUGAUGUCGCUAACGUCGACGAACUCGACCAAAGUGGUGCCAUUCGAGCUGGACUACCCGACUCUGGGCUAUUUCGGAGAGAACCUCAUUGUCACAGGGUUCCGGCCCGGCGAGUACUCGAUUUCGCUGUACAUAUUCAACAGGAUUUCGCGCACCUGGAUGCGGUUGCAAAUAUCGUGCACCCAUUCUGCGCGCUCGCACCGCUUUUUCAAAGGCUUUGUGUGGAAUUCGCACCACAAGGUUGUUUUUCUCGGAAACACCAAAACCACAAUGACGCUGCCCAGCGUGCAAUAUUUUUCACAUUUUAAUGCCGUGUCGCUGCCGUUCACCAACACUUACGGCAUAGAGAUGGAGAAGGCCUUCAGCAACGUGCCAGAGACCGCUCCACAGCACGUGCCGUCUUCGAUGGCACUUGACAAGUCCGAAAACACAAGCUUUGCUGCCUACUCGCACUAUGUGGCGCCGCAGAUCAUGACCAACUCGAUCCGGUCCGUCUUUCCUCCGUACGCUGUGGCACUGGGCAAGAACGCAUUUGAACGGUCCACCUCGAUCUCCGACUUUGAGUUCAUCUGCUCUGACGGCACGUCGAUCCCGGUGCCGCUCAACCUGUGCCGCAAACGGUGGGGAAGCCGUUUUGACAAGUUGCUUGCCGACGCUUACGCUAGGGCUUUUGCGGACCGCCACGCGUUGCCCGAACUUUCAGAGCCGAGCUCGCUCGGCAGCUCGCCGGCCGACACAGACUUCCCCGGAUCGUUGAGGCUGUCCAAAACGCCCGAAUCGCGUACCCCGUUGUUCAGACAUCCAUUCCAGGAGUCUGGAAAAUCGUCUCCGCUGUCUGGAACGCCUCGGUUUGGCUCUCUGCCGGCUUCCAGACGCAGUUCGCUGGCUGCCUCCAGAAGAGACUCUGGCGCCUCGCGACGGAACUCUCUGCUAGGACAUGAAAGGCUAUCGAUGUCUAUGAAAAGCUCGAACCUGCGCCGGAGCUCUGGGAUCUCGAGCUCGUCGUCGUCGUCAGCAUUCUCCAAUCCCAACAGAGACGUUUCCGAGGCCUCGGAUCACCUGCUGGGCUCGCCGCUAAUACUUGACGAGCUGCCACCGCAGCCACCAAUGCCAGAGCUGCCGCAGGACCUGAACGAGUCCACGACGUCUUUUGAUUUCCAUGCCCCCUCGUUUGGCCCCAAAGACGCCUCUUCAAGCGGGCUCACACAGGCUCUGUCUGGACUGGAGGACGUGGACCCUCUUUCAAACACCAGUCUGUCAGAACGGCCAAGAGAGGAGAGCAUCGAUUUCCCAGACUCGGCGGAUGCCAAGAUGGACGCGCGUUUCUUGCCCAGGACGCUGUGUCUGCCGUUUUCCAAACCAACAGUGCGCGCAUUCUCCGAGUUUCUGUAUACGGGACAGCUGGGAAGCAACUGGAAAGUCGUGCCAACGUGUGUGGAGCUGCUGAUGAUUGCCAAUUUGUACGAGGUGCCGCUAUUGUACGACCUGAUCUCAGAAGCAUUGUUUGUAGUUAUCGCGCGCAAAGAGGCAGCGUUGGUGGUGCAGGCCAAGAGCUGCCACCCUGUCGCGGGCGGGGGCACAGGGAUCGCGGCGAUCGACAAAUUCACCGAGCAAUUGGCCGCGCUGGACGACAAUUUGAUGGACCUGACGCUGCUGAAACGCGCAUCCAAAGCUAUCGGCCGAUACUCCAACUCUGGCAGUCUUGCAAGCUCCGAAAUUCACUUUCGGGACUCGUUCCACACGGCCAGCAAAGUACAGUCGCACGAAAUGGCGCCCGAGGACAGCCAGAGCAGCAGCAGCAGCAGCGAAUCCGUCAGAGAAACGUUCGGGCUGCUCAACGAGCAGCACUACAAAGACUUCCAGUCCUACAUCGAAAGACAGCCUACAGAGACCAAAGAAUGGCCGACGCUCAAGAGUCUUAUGAAUCCGGACGCGCCCGCGUGCUCUGAUCUGAUCAUCGACAUCCUCGUGGAGUCCGGCACGCUGGCCAGCGAUAUUAAAUUGAUGCUGCGGGCCAUCAACACGCGCGAAAUGAUAGCCCAGCUGAAAGAACACAAACGCGACUCGCACGAUCUCAAGGAAGUAUCGGAGCGUCUCAAGGCUGCGUCCGUACAGCCGCCAAAACCGCACUCCGGAUCCACGAGCUCGCUGCCGGAGACCGCAGUGUACAAGACGAAGAGCGAGAGUGAGCUGGCGUCGGCGGGAGCGGGCGGCACUGUUGAACGGCCAAGGAUCCCGCACGUGCUGACGUUCACGAAUCUGGAGCGCGCAAUGACCAGCACGUCCGACGACACCAACUCGCCGCGCAGAAAACGCGGGUUUGGGCUGUUCAAGAAAAGCACUACGAAAUAUUAA